ACCAUUCCGCCAACGAGAGCCUUGCACCGUUUCUAGACCAUGGAAUUCGCAACUUCCACCUGAUCAAACCACCAAAAUCGACCGGACUGAGGUCCUUGCGACCAGCGCCGCAACAAUGAGCUCUUUGAAGCAGUUCAUUCGCAAUGUGCGCGCCGCCAAAACAAUCGCCGACGAACGUGCCGUGGUACAAAAGGAGAGUGCGGCCAUCCGAGCCAGCUUCAGGGAGGAGAGCCACAACUCGGACUUGCGACGGAAUAAUGUCGCCAAACUUCUGUACCUUUUCACCCUCGGCGAACGGACACAUUUCGGUCAGAUAGAAUGUCUGAAGCUCCUCGCCUCGCCGCGCUUCGCAGACAAGCGUUUGGGAUACCUGGGAACGAUGCUAUUGUUGGACGAGAAUCAGGAGGUCCUAACGCUCGUGACGAACUCCCUGAAGAAUGAUCUCAACCACAGCAACCAAUACAUCGUCGGGCUCGCCCUCUGCACCCUAGGCAACAUCGCCUCGAUCGAAAUGUCCCGAGAUCUCUUCCCGGAAGUCGAAACGAUUCUGUCCUCCUCGAACCCGUACAUUCGACGAAAAGCCGCCUUGUGUGCGAUGCGGAUUUGUCGCAAGGUGCCCGAUCUACAAGAGCACUUUUUGGAUAAAGCGAAGCUGCUGCUCAAUGAUCGAAAUCAUGGCGUACUGUUGAGCGGUCUCACGCUGGUCAUCAGCAUGUGUGAACUGGACGAGGAGGAGGGAGGAGAAAUUGGAGUGGUGGACAUGUUCAGACCGCUUACUGGCAGUCUUGUAAAAGUGCUCAAGGCGCUAUCACAGUCUGGCUAUGCGCCUGAACACGAUGUUACUGGCAUAACGGAUCCUUUCUUGCAGGUCAAGAUCCUACGGUUGCUGAGAGUGCUUGGAAGAGGAGAUGCACAAACGAGCGAACAGAUCAACGACAUUCUGGCUCAGGUCGCUACCAAUACCGAGUCGUCUAAGAAUGUGGGCAAUUCGAUUCUAUAUGAGGCAGUUCUGACGAUUCUGGAGAUCGAGGCCGAUUCUGGACUGCGCGUACUGGGUGUGAACAUUCUCGGAAAGUUCCUGGCGAACAAGGACAACAACAUUCGAUACGUGGCUUUGAACACUCUGAUAAAAGUUGUGGCCAUUGAACCGAAUGCAGUGCAGCGACACCGCAACACCAUUCUGGACUGUCUAAGAGAUCCGGACAUUAGCAUUCGCAGGAGAGCUCUCGAUCUCAGCUUCACACUCAUCAACGAGUCCAACAUUCGAGUAUUGAUACGUGAGCUUCUCGCCUUUCUCGAAGUUGCAGACAACGAGUUCAAGCCUGUCAUGACUUCGCAAAUUGGUGUGGCCGCCGACCGAUUUGCUCCGAACAAGCGUUGGCAUGUCGACACUAUGCUGCGGGUGUUGAAGUUGGCCGGCAACUAUGUCAAAGAGCAGAUUCUAUCAUCCUUCGUGCGGCUGAUCGCGACGACUCCGGACUUGCAGACUUAUUGCGCACAGAAGCUGUAUGCCGCAUUAAAGGAUGACAUCAGUCAAGAGGGACUGAACCUUGCGGGUGCGUGGGUGAUUGGAGAAUACUGUGAUGCCCUCCUCCGAGGCGGGACAUACGAGGAAGAGGAUCUCGUAAAGGAGGUCAAGGAAAGCGAGAUCGUUGAUCUCUUCUCCGCCAUUCUGAACUCGAGCUACUCUGGCCAGAGUGUGACUCAAUACAUCAUUACGGCGGCCAUGAAGUUGACCACACGUCUGCAAGAACCGGCACAAGUCGAUCGCCUACGAAGAUUACUCCUAAGCCGGCAAGCGGAUUUGGAUGUCGAGGUUCAGCAGCGAUCUGUGGAGUAUGGAAAUCUGUUCGGAUACGACGAGGUUCGCCGAGGUGUACUGGAGCGAAUGCCAGCACCAGAAAUUCGAGAAGAACAGAGGGUGCUCGGUGAAGCAACCAAGAAACGACACAGCAAGCCUCCAGCGAAGAAGAAGCCGAGCCAGAUCACCGAGUCGGAUAUGCUCCUCGAUCUUAUGGGAGGCGAUUCCGAUAUGCCAUCCGCUAGCGGGAACGCGACCAACGGCGGGUUGAAUAAUAACGCCGACCUCUUAAACGACAUCAUGGGUGGUGUAUCCUCUUCGGCGCAACAGCCAGCCAGCAGGCAGGCUCAGCCCCAGCAGAGUAACAUGGAUUCCAUCAUGGAUCUAUUUGGUGGUCAGCCGUCCGCACCUCAAUCCUCUGGUGCUCAAUCGUCCUCCAACGACAUUCUUGGCGGCUCACAUCCGCAGCAGCAAGUCCACACUGCAUACAACAAGAACGAUCUGCUACUUACCUUCAUGGUCCAACGGAAUGCUCAAGCGGUGCAGGUGACAGCACACUUCCGGAACACGAAUGAUUUCAGUGCACUGCAAUCGGUCAAUCUCCAGGCUGCUGUUCCGAAGACUCAGAAGCUGCAAUUGCAAGCGAUCAGCUCGUCCGAGCUGGAAGGAGGACAAGAAGCCACCCAACAAAUGCGCGUUACAAGCGUACAAGGUGGUCCUCCAGCAAAAUUGCGAUUGCGGCUCAAGGUUACUUAUGCAAAGGAUGGCGGUGCUCCUGUCACUGAACAAGUCGACUGGUCUGAGUCAACAUAG